UCCAUCAGCCGCGGUGCCCGUCUAUCCAUGGCAACGGAAAACUAUCGAUCAAUCAGGAACGGAAACGUCGAUCCAAAAAUUGCACAAAAAGGCAGAACACGUUAUUCGUAGCCAUGUCUUACCUGUGCCUUGGUCCGAUGAGUGCUGGCAAAACGCUCCUGCUGACCUGCCUACAGAAACCGGACUCGGUGAACUUUACCUCCCAUUCCGUUCCGAGCGUGGGCACGAACCUGUACACCAUCAAGAUACCGCCGAUCGUUAUCGACGAGAAGGAUGUGAACCAGAAGAUUCCUCCACCGGGAAAGCGCAAAGAGUUGGUGCAGGUGCGUGAAGUCGGCGGAUGUUUGGCGCCCAUCUGGCGCGACUAUUUGCUCAAUCCAGUGGAUAAGCUUAUCUAUGUGGUGGAUACUUCGAAUCUGUGUCAAAUAUCGGCCGCAGGUGUGCUGCUGUACUCCAUGCUAGCGGAACCGCGGUUGAAAAAGACGAAAUUUCUGCUCGUCCUUUCGAAGAUGGAUCUUGCCUAUCGUCAGAUGCGUAACGAGGCGCUGCUCAUGCUGCAGAUGGAAAAGUUUCAAAAGCAGAUACCGCAGCACAUAACGAUCGUGCAGUUCAGUGCCAUUACGAAGGAAGGCAUCGACGAGGUGUACGACUGGUUGGCAAUGAAUUGAACUGGCUGCUUAUUGAAUCGAUGCAUAGAUCACAAUAAAUUUCUAUUUACGUUUUA